AUGGAGGACGACCACGGGACCUCUCCGACGGCGGCUAUCGACGAGAUUCCGGUUAUUCUGUCCACCCUCCGAGACAUCAGAGAGCCAUCGGAGAAUGCCUUCGGUCUCUAUUUCGACUUUUCACGGUUUUCCUCAGACUUCCUCCAGGUCCCCGGCCAAGGGCCCCAACACGCCCAUACUGACAGCUGGUCGAACACGUCCGAUGACCCCAACCCGAGUCUGAGCCAUGGCCAGAGCUACACCUCGUCGACCUCUUCCUUCACGGCCAACUAUGCCACUGCGGAUGACCUUGUGCCGAUGGAUGUCACUCUAGACCAGGUGAAAGAAGGCGACGACAAGCUCACCACGCCCCAGCUCAACCAAGGGCAGUUUGGAGAUCCAGGGUCACAAAACUCGCUUGAUUCAGACCUCUUGAGAAACCUCAGCUUCAGCUUCAGCAUGUUCGAGGACAUCGAUGUCGACCCUGAAGUGGGUCCGCUCGCACUCUCGACCCCUGAGCCUUCCAAUGUGGGCAGUCCACUCCCACGACCUCCUAGUGCCCCGAAGAGGAGACCACUUGGGGAGAAGCGAGAAAAAGUAGCCGGUAUGCGUAAGAAACGAGCCUGUGUGCGAUGCCGUAUUCGGAAAGUCGAGGUAAGUGCCCCUUUAUCUGGCCGAAGAGGGGAGAUUCCCACUAACACCAUCUCAAGUGCGAUUACAACACCCCUUGCAACGAGUGCAUCAGGUAUAAGCCGAAUCACCCGCAAGUCUGUGAGAUUCAGAGGCUUGUAG